AUGAGGUUUGCGACGGGCGCUGCGGCGCUUAGCCUCUGGUUCCGCCAUGCGACGGCUAUCCACGUGGCAAAGGGUUCACCUUGCCAGACACUCUGCGGCAACGUGCUGGAUGCGACCACGAAAGAUGACGUUGUCUGCAAAGAGUCGGAUUACUCUGUCAGCGCUGCCGGUUCUGUAUACCAGCAGUGUGUUUCCUGCGAGUUGACGAGCGACUACUCGACCGCAUCUCAGACUGACGUACAAUGGCUUCUUUACAACCUCCGAUACGCUGUCUCAUACUGCAUCUUCGGGUACCCAGAAAACCCCAACGUCGGGUCGAGCCCGUGUCUCACGAGAACAGCUUGCGAGCCUUUCCAAGAUGCCAUUAAAUACAACGACCUUGCUUCUAACGGCACCGAGUUUGACUACUGUGACAACUGGGAUCACAAUCAACUCGCUGGCUGCACAGCCUGCCUCCGUGCCGGCGACAACCAUUACUUGACUAAUUUCAUGACCAUCCUGGAUGCCGGAUGUCAGCAGAAGCCUGACCCUGGGCAGACCGUCUCUGUAGAGGGUUCUCCCUUCUCUAAGACUUCAGUCAAUGCUACUGACCCGACGCCAACAAACACAUAUGUGCCAAACUACAACAGCGGCCCCAUUUCCUUAGGCGGCAAAGUCGGCAUCGCGAUCGGAGGUGUUGUCGUUAUUCUUGCUUUGACCGGUUUCUGCAUCGUCUGGAAUGGCAAGAGAAGACGAAGGGCAUUCCUGAAGAAGAUGGAAAUGAAGCAGAAGGGCCCCGCAAAUGGCUGGCCAUCGCCGCUUAAUGUCGCUGGACUCAACGGCACCCCGCUGAGCCAACGCCCUCUGCGAAGUUGGGAGAACGAUACUCCAAACAGCUCCAGGCCAACGCAUGGCUGGGACGAGUCUCCUCUCAGCCCCCAAGGAGAGAAGGCCUUCCCGAGAUACUUCUCGCCGUACUCAUCGCAAUACAACAGCCCGGUGAGUGGCACAGAGGCGCCAAAUAUGCAGUGGCCAACCAACGGACCGGACCCUCAGCAUCAACAGCAGGAAAUUGGCCUUGCUCUAGGAGGCGAUGAUGCGCAGCAGGAUUGGGAUGACUCUCACAAGGGAAAGGGACGAUCUGAGUCCUAUGAGUUGAGAGAGGUUGAUCAUCAAUGGGACGCGCGACAGAGACAUCCCAGUCCGCCUGUGCUUCAGCACCCGGCGCACCCUAUGUAUGCGGAGCACAACCCGGCUGCGUAUCACGGCAUGACAGAAGAUGACCUCAGGCGAGGAUACAUCUGA